AUGGAUUCUACGGGUCUGAGUAGUGAUGGUGCUGCCUACCGGUCUCGUGGGUACCAGCUCGAAAUGUUAGAGGCUAGCCUCAAGGAUAAUACUAUUGUCGCGAUGGAUACGGGCAGUGGAAAGACUCAUAUUGCCAUUCUUCGGAUCAUACAUGAGCUCGAGAACUGUAGUUCUCCAGACAAACUUAUCUGGUUUCUUACCCCAACUGUGGCAUUGAGUCUUCAACAACAUGAAGUUAUCACUAGCCAAAUCCUCUCGGUGAAAACGAAAGUUUUAACCGGUCUGGACAAUGUUGACCGAUGGACUGAACAAGGUGUCUGGGACAAAGUUCUCAAAGACGUCCGUGUUGUUGUUUCGACAUAUGCUGUCCUUGCUGAUGCUUUGGGUCAUGGUUUUGUUCGCAUGUCCCGGCUUGCACUCAUUAUCUUUGAUGAGGCUCACCAUUGCACUAGACGCCAUCCGGCGAACAAGAUUAUGCAAAACCACUACCAUCCUUCCCUGCUGAGGUCAGGCCCAAAUGCUGUACCUCGGAUCCUGGGACUCACUGCCAGCCCAAUAGUCCGGUCGAGCCCAAACGAGCUUGAAACAAUCGAAUCCAACUUGAACGCAGUAUGCAAGACUCCACGUGUCUAUCGCACUGAGCUCUUGGAAAAUACCCAUCGCCCUCACCUAGAACGUCUCAAUUACAUGCCUUUUGACGAAGCACAGUAUGGCUUUGGAGGCCAACUACUUUCAUCCCUGAUAGAAUGUUGCAGGGCCUAUAACAUAGAAGACGAUCCUUGGAUUGAAUCAUUACGGUCAAAGAAUCAGACUGUGGAGCUUACGAAGGCUCUCACCACAGGUAAAACCUUCUGUAGCGAGCAACUGAAUAACUUUCAGGCGCGCGCCCGUCACAUAUAUGAGGAGCUGGGAGGCUGGGCUGCCGACUUCUUCAUCAGCGCUUCAAUUGACCAACUUCAGUGUUCAAUUCAAGAUGCUAGUGAGAUGUCACAUUUGGAUCAAAUGGAGAGAAUUUACCUGUUGGAACUGCUCCUUGCAAUGCCUGCCCCAGUUUCAGCUGAGGAGAGUAGUCACAUAUCCAUCAAGCUUGAAGUGCUUCUCAACUUCCUUGAAAGAAUGGACAGGCCUGGGUUUUCCGGGCUACUCUUCGCCAAACAGAGAGCAACUGUCAGUGUCUUAGCUCGCAUUUUAUCACUUCAUCCCAAGACCAGAGAUCGCUUCCAGUGUGCCUCUUAUGUUGGUUGGUCGAGUGAUAGAAAUCGCAAGGGCUGUCUCGGUGACCUACUUCAUCGAGAUAUGCAGCGAGAUACUCUUGACGAAUUCAAAGCUGGUCGCAAAAACCUCAUUGUCACAACUGACGUUCUCGAAGAAGGGAUCGACAUAAGCGCAUGCAGUUUGGUUAUUUGUUACGACAACCCUGCGAACCUCAAGUCCUUUGUCCAGAGGCGUGGGCGUGCUCGUCAUAGAGAAUCCACAUAUGCUGUCAUGAUCUCAAAUGAGGAUCAGUUGUUGAGUCUUCACAAAUGGCAGGAGCUAGAGCAUGCUAUGAUUAAAGCAUAUCAGGAUGAUGAGCGACAGCGUCGGGAAGCUUUUGAACUUGAGGCCGCCGAGGAGCAUGUGAAAGAGAGGCUUUGGGUGGAAAAGACGAAUGCCCUAUUGACGGCGGAUGACGCAGUGCAGCAUUUGCAUCACUUUUGCGCGGUCUUACCAGUUGACGAGUAUUCCGACAACCGACCAAUGUUUUCCUUCCAAGAAAACAGCGCAGGAUUGCUUUUGGGUACGGUUACAUUACCGAAUUCUGUGCACCCGACAGUUCGACGUGCAAACGGGAAAUACUGGUGGCGGACAGAGCGAGCAGCCAGAAAGGAGACCGCAUUUCAAGCCUACAAAGCUUUGUAUUCGUAUGGGUUGAUCAACGACAACCUCUUGCCAUUAACACGAAAGCCAGAGUUGAGAUUCUCGGACCAGACGACUCUCCCGUCCAUUUUGCAAGUUGCAGAGCAGUAUGACCCGUAUGUAGACCUUGCGCAAGCCUGGGCUUUGGGAUCACAGCGCUCUAUCUACGAGCACCCAGCUCGCGCCAGCGGGGGAGACAACCGCGACUUCGCGGCUCUCUUCAUCCCCGAUAUCUCACACGAACACCUAGGGCAAUGGCUUGCGAUGUAUGAAGGGAAAGAGCCAGCGCUGGAAGUCUAUUCGAGGAACCCAACUACCGCACCUAUGGGUAUCGUCCGUGACCAGUCGAAAUUCAGCGAGCCACGGACAUUCAACAAAUGGAUUGUUCCAGCCCAGGUGACAAAGGCGUCGCCUAUUGAAGUGGAAUGUUCAUCAUUUCCCCGUCGCCGAAAUCUCCUCCAGGUGCGAACUAUGAAUGUUACCGAUGAUGGAGAGACAGAUGCACCAAAGAAAUCUUACGUUCUACCUGCUGCAGCUUGCGUUAUCGACAAGCUCCCAGCAAAACAGGGUCUCUUUGGACUUUUCAUCUCCGCCAUUUUGGAUCGACUGGAGGCAUCUUUGGUCGCACAUCGAUUGAACGAUACCAUUUUGAAAGGAGUCGGAAUCGAAAACAUCGAUCACGUUAUUACAGCUAUCAGCGCGCCUAUUGCACAGGCCAGUACCAACUAUCAGAGAUUUGAGUUCUUUGGUGACUCGGUUCUCAAAUUCACCGUCAGUUGCCAGCUCUUUUUCCGGAAUACCAACUGGCACGAGGGCUACCUCUCGGAGAGCCGUGAUAAACACAUCCAGAACAAUCGACUUGCUCGUGCAGCUCUCGACACUGGAAUUGACUGCUUUAUCCUAACGAACCGAUUCACCCCCCGGAAAUGGACUGUACCGUUGAUCAGGAAUAAAUUGGAACCAUCGACAGCCAAGAGGAACAUCUCAAUCAAGGUCCUGGCAGAUGUUGUGGAAUCUCUCAUUGGCGCAGCCUACGUAGACGGUGGCAUCCGCAAAGCGCAAGCCUGUCUGCAUCGCUUCUUACCGGAGAUCGACCUCUUCACGAAUGAAAUCUCGCCCCUCAUCCUACCACCAGGUAAAGGUGUGAGCAACUUAAUCAACCACCACCGAUUGGCCGGUCUCAUUGGAUACACUUUCAAAGAUCCUGCGCUCCUGACAGAAGCGCUCACUCACGCAUCCUGCGAGUACGAUACAUCAACACAAUCCUAUCAACGCCUCGAGUUCCUUGGUGAUGCCGUCCUCGACAUGGUCGUCAUGGCAGUGAUAGCAGCCCAUCCCGUGGAAAUGGACCAGGGGCCAAUGACAUUGCUCAAACAUUCCGUCGUGAACGGCAACCUCCUGGCAUUCUUCUGCAUGGAGCUAUGCGCACCGGACGAACCCUCCCACAUGACCCAAUGCGCCAACGGCGAGGUCAGCCUUAUCCCACACUAUGACGAGAUCCACCUAUGGCGCUUCCUCCGCUCUCAUGGGCCUAACAUCAAAGCCGCCCGGGAAGCUUGUCUCGAGCGGCACCAAGGUCUCCAUAUUGAGAUCCGCGAUGCCUUGGAACACGGAAGCCAGUACCCGUGGGAGUUGUUCGCCCGUCUGCGUGCGGAUAAAUUCCUGUCGGACAUCAUUGAGAGUGUUCUUGGGGCGAUCUUCAUCGACUGUGGGGGAAAUCUGGAUGUGUGUCACGCUUUCGUCGAACGUAUCGGACUGGUGUGGUACAUCCAGCGUGUUAUUGCCGACGGGGUUAAUGUUGUUCAUCCGCGGAACAUUGCGCAGAACAUGGUGAAGGGAGCUGGGACCUUGGUCUUCAAGAGGAAGAGGGUUGAGUCUGGAGGCACGGCUACGUAUCGGUGCUCGGCGGUGGUCAAUCAGACUGAGAUCGCGCUGGUGGAGGGUUGUGCUUCUGCCGAAGAGGCUGAGGUUAAGGUUGCCAAUGUUGCCAUUGAGCACUUGACGUUGCAUCCAUUGGCUUGA